GAAUGUUUAGAUAGAUGUUUGUUGUAAGGUGUUUUCAGUUUGGCUAAACAGAUAUCUAGAUCUAGAUGAAAUUUCGGAUAGCAGAGAUAUAGAACAUCAUCAGAAGACAUUGGCUACUAAUUAAGUGUAAUGUAGUUAAUAAUAAGAACGUAAAUAAAUACAUCAUCGUACAUCAGCGCACAUAUUUAUGUUUUUGUAAUAAUUUACUAUAUUUAUAGUUUCUAGCAGUAACGGUGAGGAUGUCUCAAAGAAUAAAACAUCUCAUAACACGCAGUUUAUUGAUCCGCUAAUAGAAGAACAAAGUGUUAAGUUAUGGAAUGCAACAACUGAAGAAUUGGAUAAGUUACAAGAAAAAAACAAUGAUUACUGCAAACCUAUGUACUAUUAUACACCUGACUUCAGAGCAGAGGGACGUCGGGUUAGUGAAGUUAAAUGCUUGGAACAUAUUUGGAGAAUACGAUACGACAUUGAAAAACGGUUAAGAGAAUUCGUGUCAUGUCCUGAUCGGGACAUGGUCGGGCCCGUUGUCGUGGGAGGUGAUGAUGCCGAAGUUGGAGAGAUUCCUCAUAUGGGGGCUAUUGGUUGGCUUGGCACUGGAUAUGUGAUGUGGGUAUUCAAAUGUGGUGGAGUUCUUAUCAGUGAAAAGUUUGUGCUUACCGCUGCCCAUUGCUCGAGAGUGACUUCGCGUGAUACCACUGUCACUAACAUAACUCCUCAAGUAGUUCGAUUUGGUACUGUCAAUAUUUUUGGCGUCGAUAAAAAUGGCGUUCCACCGCAAGAUGUGCGUAUUUCAAGAUUUAUCGUUCAUGAUAAAUAUCAUGCUCCGAAAAGAUACUAUGAUAUCGCUCUGAUAGAAUUAAUAAAAAAUGUAGAGUUCACUAGAAAUAUCCAUCCUGCAUGUUUAUGGACUAAGGAAAAUGAAAUUUCAGGCAAAGGUAUAGUCGCAGGCUGGGGCGUAGUCGAUACUGCGAGUCGUCGUACGUCAUCCAAAUUACAAGUAGCCGCAGUGGAUAUGGUGCCAUCAGAGGAAUGUAAUAAUACAUUGAAAAGGAGACGCAACAGGAAUUGGAGCCAUGGCCUUGCUUCCCACCAGAUAUGUGCCGGCCACAUGUCAGGUGGAAUUGAUGCUUGUCAGGGAGAUUCUGGAGGUCCAUUGCACAUUAAGCUUCAAAUGCCAAUAGAUAUACAAUUUGAAUGGGGUAUGCAUUACGUAGUUGGCGUGACGUCAUUUGGUCAUGGUUGCGCAUUGGCCAACACUCCAAGCGUUUUUUCAAAAGUAUCCCAUUUUAUUGAUUGGAUUGAAAAUAUUGUUUGGGAAAAAGAAGUUAAUGUUACAUUGAAAGAAAAUGUCAAAAGUAAAUGAAGAAAUAGGAGCAGCAAUAAGUCUAUUA